AUGGCCAUGACGGCAAAGAGUACCUCUUACCACAUUUCGCAUGACGGGUUCUGGUCCAACAGGUACCAGGAUGGAUUAAACGUUGUUACGACCUUCCUCAGACACGGCCUCGAAACUUCCCCGUUGCAUUCCUCAGUGGCGACCGGGGGCCCCAUUACUUUCAAGUGCUGGCAAGGCCUCUUCUUCUCUUAA